AUGGAAAACGAUAUAAUCUAUCAAAUCGUGGACUCAAUUUCAAAAUCGGUGGUAUCUGAAGAUGUCGAGACAUCACACUACAUACAAUUCUGGCAUCAUAUAUGCAGGUAACCUCCUAAAUUUCCCUGUUCCUUCGAAAAAUCAAAUUUUCAAAGAAUGAUGACAAAUUGGGGUGUAAUGUUCGGCUUCGUGGUGGAAGAUGUGAUGAAAAAAGUGGAGAAAUUAGAAGAGAUGCGGAAAAAUAAUGAGGAAACUUAUAGAACUUUGAGAAAUAUGGUGCAAUUUGAGGAGAAGACGAAAAUUAUUCGAAGGCCGAAACCGAAUCGAAGUGGAACGAGUUUGGUGAGAGUUUUGAAUUGGUGGGUAUUUAAACCAUUAUAUAUUUUUCAUAUUAUAAUUUUGAAAAACUUCCAGCGCCCUUAAAUUCCUCAUAACCUUCCUGGAACAAGUGCGAAAUGAGCGAAAUCCCGAAGAAUAUGUUGGACAAUUCGCCAAACUUGCAUAUAAUCAACAUUUGGCGCCACUUCAUUCAUGGGCGGUUCGAACUGUUGUCAGUGGAGCGCUCUUCACUCUUCCUAAACAUCAAGAAUUUAUGCGAAGAUUGCGCGGCUCUUCGCCGGUCGAAAAUGAUGAAUUGUUUUUUGAGACUGUUAUUGGAAAAGGCAAUGAUAUUGUGAGAAUUGUUUGUGAAUUAGAGACGAAACAUGGGAUUUUGGAGCAUAAUCCCAGUUCCUAG